AUGGCUUCUAGGCCGAGGUUUUUGAUACUUUCUCGAACAAGGUAUCUCAAGCGGUACUUCGCCAUAAUUACGCUAUUAGGAAGUCUGUCUUUCAUAUUUCCUUACAUACAAUACACGCUUUCUGAAACACUCAACUUUUCCUCCGAGUCAUUUCCUAAUAUUAUUUUGAAGCACGAAGAAGCAGAAGGAGGAAUCUCGUUUUCCCUACAAAAUUUUCCUACAGUCCACACGAACCACGGAAUGGUGAACGAACAUGUCUGGUGGAAUAUAUCUGAAACGGCCAUGGACGCGUUGCGAAACUGGCCCCAUUUUGCGAACGUUCCGAACAAGCGUUCUUUCAUAACGGACUUUCACAGCAGAACAGUCAACGAUUCAACGAAUAAAGGACAAAGAAUUUUUGGUUUUAUCCAUCCGCAAGUUGAUGGCAAGUACACGUUUGCUAUCACAUCAAGUGGCCCAUCUGAGCUUUGGUUGAGUCCGAAUGAGCACCCCGCCUGCAGCCAAUUGAUCGCACGUGUCUACUCGCUUGAUGAAUGGCCCUCCACCUUAAAAGAAGAGUAUAAUAAAUACCUUGGCCAAAUAUCUAGUGAAAUCUCUCUUUACGCUGGCAAGAAAUACUACAUGGAGUCACUUGCAGUGAACAGGCAAAGUUCUGAUGAAACCUUUGUCACAGUUCAUUGGCUGAACACUUCCGCUUCAAAGAACUCGAACUUUAGAAUUAUUUUAUCCAAGUAUUUAUCUCCUUUUUAUGGCACCAAUAGUUUGGAACGAAGUCCCCGCCGGUGCAACAGCGGCACUGAAAGCAAUUUGCAGGAACGAUUUCUUCGUCUGCCACUGAUGAACAGAAUGGAGUACAUGACUUUAUUUCCAACUUGCCCUUACAAUCCCAGUUUCUUGGUGCGAAGAAAGCUCGAACGUUAUCAGGGAGUUUGGCUGACAAAGGAAUCCCUUGUGUUUCCGAAAGACGAUACCGAUAUGUUUAGCAAAGAACAAAUUCAGAAAUGGGCAUCACCCAAUCCUGUAAUAAACAAGAACAGAGUUGAGUGCAUUGUAAACGAGUUUAUGUCCAUUUUACGGCGGAAGUAAGUGGCGUUACUUUCUUAAAAAUUUGACUGAUAUUCAGGGGUAAUUAGGGUGUAUGUGUUUUUUCUUUGAAGUAGAACUUACCAUCACGGCUCCAGCUCUUCAUCUUUAACUAUUUCCUCAAAUUUUCCAUUUUCUAUUUUCUAACGGUCAUGAAUCUUUAAAGGUGUUAUACUAAGUAAGAUGCACGGGUUAAUUCUCUUGUUUUUUAAAUCCGGGUCCCCGAGAGCACAGUAAGAUGUUUUAAUUUUAAUUUUUUUUUGGUAGGAGGGAGGAGGGAGGGGGGGAGCCCAAGUUAGAAACUUACGUAUGAUGUCGAAAUGGAUUGUAUACAAACAACCCCAGCUGCUUUAUAUACACACCUGUUCCGAAUGUUUGCUAACUAACGCAGCGUUAGCACUGCGAAAUUAUUAAGAGUUAUUUGAAACAUAACAAUCGACACUCGCGAUAAGUUGAUACCAUCUUUGUAGAACUAUAUUUACCAUUGACGAUCAAGUUCGAAUCCCCCAUACAAUCUGCUAGGUUUUACCCCCCCUCCCCCUCUUCCCCAAAUUUUUACGUGCCAAGUAAUUGUUUCCAAAUGCAGUUGUCUGGAGAACUAAAAAAUAAUAGUCUACGCGAAAACGGAAAUUGGGCGGCGCCUUUUGCAAUUAUUGCAAUUAGUAAACCUUUUAAAAUGAUUUUUGAAAAUAAGAACUGUUCUCCAAAUUUUAGGCUAAAGAGGUUCUUAUAUAGAGGGGGUCUAAAUUGCAAAUUUUAGCCUGACAGGUUCUUAAAUCUUAGGUUCUUACUCGUGGGUUUUUACUGUAUAUCGGUACACUAUAGGAAUCAUAUAUGAAGAUCUACCCAUUACACUAUAGGAAUCAUAUAUGAAAUAUCUACCCAUUGCAGACGUACUCGCCAUUUUCACAUAGACCAUAAUGCACCUUGUAUCCAUUGUUUCCAUUUUCACUUGCGUAUUAUAGCCUGGUCCCAAGAGAAAUCGAAGAUAAUGGUUAUGCAAAAUGUUGGGUGGUAAACAAGGGGAAUAAUGGUCUAUGUGAAAAUGGUGAAUAAAGGAAAUCUAACGAGAUGGUCAAACAUUCACAACUCCAGACUCCGGUUGUCCAAAGGUGGAUCAGACAAUAUUCCUCUAAGACUCCUCUAAUGCUUAUCCACUGUAUGGUGAUUUAUCCGUUGGAUGGUGCUAUCCAUCAUUUGAAGACCCUCUUUGAACCACUGCCACUAGAGCUACUCUCUAGAUCCAGUAAUGUAGGAGCUGCUCGUAAGGUGUUUCCUCAUUAGUCGCAGAAAACAAUAACACAUCAUUGUUUCUUAUUAUUUUCGUAUUGUUUCACGGUUAGGUUAUCGAACCAAUUGGUUUUUAGGGUUAGGAGAGCUGGUACAUGACUCUAGAUCGCUUGACUAUAAGAACGGUCAAAAAGCGACCAAAUGCUCUGCCCUGCCCCACCCUGAUAAUUGUCUGUGUAAAACCAGUUAUGUGCUGCUGUAUUUUCAUUUGUUCUUUUUUCAGUGACAUUUUCUUAAAGAAUAUCAAUAACGUGAUUCAAAAACCGGACGCCGAGAAUGGUGAUCGCUUCUUGCUGGAUCUUGAAGUCGCUUUUAAUUGCACCGAUCAAACAUUUAGGUUGACAGAACACGUUUACCAGAAGAAAGAAAGUGGUACCUUGUGUCUUCCUGAGGGAAUGAAUUGGAAUAACAACGCCACAAUUUACUUUAUCAUUCCUGUCAAGGAGCAAGGAAAAUGGAUACAUCAUUUCAUCAAACAGGUCACUACUGCAAGUGUAUUGACCGGUGAUACUAAUUUUCACGUCAUUAUCGCUGAUUUUGAAAGCAAAGAUAUUGAUUUAGAAAAAGCAUUCAACACAUCACUUCUCAAUAGGAGGCAUACUGUUGUCCAAUUACGAACUGGAAAAUUUUAUAAGACACUAGCUUUGAACAAGGCUGUUGAAGUCGUACCCAAUGCGCAUGACAUAGUCUUCUUGUUCGACCUGCACAUUGAUGUACCCGGCAAUAUUAUGGAUAGUAUUCGAAAAGUAAGUGUCUGAAAGUAUAGGUUUGGGAAUAAAAUUACAUGAAUAGAAAGAUGCAAGUGGAUUGCUUGCAUUUGCGCAUGGCCACUAUUGCUACAAUCUUGGACAAAACUGUUGAGAAAAUUGCAUACUUGGGGGGCAUUUUUUCUGAACUUCGUAGCCGACCGAUUCUUCCCUCCGCCCCUUCCCCUGGAAGCAGUGUUGUUGGGUCUUCAAAAGAAAGCCGGAUCCCUAAGCAUUUGUAGGAAGCAACUUUGAACUGGGAGAGGGGGUUAUCUUUACGCAAAGCCGUUGAUUUGGAAAUAGUUUUGUUGCGUUAGGUAGCGCGCAUUAAUGAAAACAUUUUCUCCAGUAGUUUUGUCCAGGAUUGUAGCUAGAAGGCCUAUUAAUCAGCUACUAAUCAGGGGCACCCAACGACGAUUUCCUCCUAAAUAAAUUGAAAACACUUUUUAGGCUACCUAGAGUACUUUUGGAUCUCUAGAAAUGCAUUCUAAGCGGCGCUAUAAAAUUUGUAUCUGUUCGUUCAGCCUAGGGGAACUUGAGUCUUUUCGAAAUAACAAGGGCUUCAGCAUUAUUUUCCCGAAAUUUUAGAUGCAAUUCAACGUUUUACGAAAGUAAGGAUUUUUCUGAUGCCUCUCUCCAUCACAUUUUCGAAUUCGAAAAUUUUUGUUUUCCUUUUUUGCAAGAAAAAUAGCCUAACCUGGGUAGUGAAAUGUGAAAAUUAAACUUCAGAAAAUCGUAGGGAAUUUAUUGGAUAAGCCUCGAAAAUUGUAGAUGAAUGAAACGAUCAUUUAGAAAUUUUAGCCGUCCUCAAGCAAUAGAAAAUUCUAGACAAUAUUUGCUUCUCCGAACAGACAUACAGAAAACCAUCUUUGGGUGCCCCUGACUAAAUUUAAUUCAAAUUUUAAUCCACCUGGUAACAAAAGUGAAUAACAAAAACAAAACUGAGUUUAAGGACUAAACAAUAUUUUGAAAGUUUGUUGAUGACAUUUAGUCUGAUUUUUUAAUUUAGCAUACUACGGAUGAUAACCCAUACGGAGUAGAGUUUCUUUAUUUUCCAGGGAAAAAUACUCUACUCGCAAAAGGACAAGUGUACUAAAGUGGAAAAGGCCUCCACAUAAGAGAGAUUUGGUUUUCCUUAAAAACGUUAAUCAAUGCCCAAAAAAAAAAACAGUUUGUGGAGCAAGUUAUCAACAAGAAACGUGACAAAUAUAGAUUAGCAAUAACCAAAAAAUUGAUUAAUUCCUAGUUUUUAAACAGAAACGCUGCGUUCCCAGACGAUAUUCUCGUCCCGUCGUUUCUUUUGGUCGCAUGAUCUUGAAACGAGGGGUUAGGGUUAAGCAGAGUGGCUUUAGGGACGAAAAUGCUCAGACGAGCACUUGCAUUCCUUAGCAUACGCAGUAAUACUCGCUGCCAUGGUCAUAAGAGAAAAUUCAAAGUGGCCACAAGUUUAUCCUCUAUAGUGGGGCACUUCUAUCUAUCUCACUAAAAAUUGUGGAUAUCUUUUACUUGUUAAUGACGUUAGCCUGAGAAAACAGCCGACAUUUGGUGACGCUACCACUAGUUUCCCCGCCAAAUGACGUCUGAGAAACGAGGGCAGAAAUCCCAUACUGAUGUCGCGUCACUACCCAGAUCUGGGUAGUGCAUCUGAUUGGUUGAAUCAAAUUUCCGACGCGGCAGGACCAAUCAGAAGCACUACCCAGAUCUGGGUAGUGACGCUUCAUCAGUAUGGAAUUUCUCUGCUCGUUUCUCAGACGUCAUUUGGCGGGGAAAUCAGUGGUAGCGUCGCCAAAUGUCGGCUGUUUUCUCAGGCUGUAAUGAUGUGAGUUGCCUCAAGUCUGUACACGGAGACCUAAACUUUCCUGGGCAUACAAUAGCACUAAACAUUCAUUCUGAAGCAGUGAUGUAUAUAUCAUUUUACAGAACACCAUAGCUGGUAGAAUGGUGUAUUUUCCUAUAGUUGGUCGCCUUAAUUGUAACAGUGAUUCAUCGAAACAUCGAGGGUUUUGGCAAAUGAACGGGUUUGGUCUUAUGGCGAUUUACAAGUCAGACUGGACAAAAUUAGGAGGUAUGCAAUAUGUGAAACUAAAAACUGCAGCUUAAGUUAUUUGGUCUGCUUCAAUGAUUUGGAAAAGACCAGGAGGGAGUCUUAAAAGUGACUCGUCUAAAGGGUGCAAGCCAAGAUCCAGGGUGGUAUCUUAACGAAAGUUUGAAGUGCUAGUUAGAAUUAGAAGCGGGAACCACGAACGGAAAACAUGUGCUGGUGCCAGUUUUCUUACAUUUAACCGGUGGCUGAAUUGCAAAAACCAAAAGUAAUAUUGGACGUCAGCAUUACCGCUUGAGUGUAUGUAUGAACUCAUCCCUAACCCUAACCCUAACCCUAACCACCCAGACCAAUGAAGGCACAUAUAAGAUAAACUAUUAGGACACCGAUGUAAAGAGCGUUUUCACAUGACGUCACGGCGGCCAUAUUGGUGUUCCAAAGCAAUGAAACGGCGGCCAUGUUGGUGUACCAAGACAACCCUGUCGGAAUUGAACUCUUUUCUUAUGUAAAAACUUUCUUUUGUUCCAAUGAAUUAGCAUAGAUGCUGGCCACGUGAGUGAAAACGCUCUAUAUUUCCCCAGCGAUUUGAAAAAUGUCAUGAGCUUUUUUAUACUCCCUUUUAAUUAAUGUGUAAGGGUGAAUAAGACGAGGCCGAAGAUCUAUCAUUACUCCGCAAUGACAUGCAUGUACGAUUUUAAAGGUAUUACUAGUAAUUGGAUUAAAUUACAAACGAGAAAAAAGAACCCUUUUACUUACCAGUUAUUUUAAAAGUUGCUUCAGUUUGUCUCUGAUCUAUUUGUUUGAAAAACUUAUCUUUGCCCAAUCAGGGAUGAACACUCAAGACUACCAAUACAAAUGGGGCGGAGAAGACUGGGAUCUAAUCGAUCGCGUCUUGAUGAUGUCACUUGAAGUUGAACGAAUCAAGCAUCCAGGCCUCUAUCAUCACUGCCAUCCAAGACAAGGGAUGUGGAAUUAG